CGCAUAACCAACGUCUGACGUUCACGAUGACCUGGCUGAGACCAAUCAGUCAUCUAUUUAUUCCGUCUCCUCCAGGACAAGACAGGACAUCAAGCACCUGAGCUCCACAUCGAUCAGUACCCACGGCCACUCCACUCUCAGCUCAGGGACUCGGUGUCAGGGCGACCCAAGACAGAAGAAUCGGAUCCAGAAGAAUCAUGGAUUCCCUGACGGCGUCGACGACGGCGAAGCCCACCCUCCGAGUGGCCGCAUUCUGCGGCUCCCUCCGCAAGGACUCGUGGCACCGCGGCCUCAUCCGCGCCGCGGAGGAGCUUUGCGAGGAGUCCAUCCCGGGGCUGCGCAUCGACCACGUGGACAUCUCCGGCCUGCCCAUGGUCAACCCGGACCUGGAGACCGACGGCGGCAAGGGCUUCCCGCCGGCCGUGGAGGCGCUCCGCGACAGCGUCCGCGCCGCAGACUGCUUCCUCUUCGCCUCGCCCGAGUACAACUACUCGGUCACAGCGUCCCUGAAGAACGCGCUGGACUGGGCGUCGAGGGGCAAGCGCAACUGCUGGGCGGACAGGGCGGCGGCGAUCGUGUGCGCGGGGGGCGACUUCGGCGGGGCCAGGGCGUCGCUCCACCUCCGCCAGAUCGGGGUGUUCCUCGACCUCCACUUCAUCAACAAGCCGGAGCUCCACGUGAGGGCGUUUGCGGAGCCGCCCAAGUUCGACGAGGAGGGGAACCUCAUCGACGCCGAGACCAGGGAGCGGCUCAGGAAGGUGCUCCUCUCGCUCCAGGCCUUCGCGCUCAGGCUCCAGCACAACAUGGACGACUGACUGACUCAAGAUCGAUCGAUGAUACCUGGCUCUGUGUACCGUGCGCGCUGGUUAAUUUGCAUUGCCCUUCAGUUUGACGACGUUGUGCUCUAUGCACUAGUAUUCGUGGUUCCGUGAGAAGUCUGUGCUACCUUUGUGUAAUAAAGCGCCGAAGCGUGCAAAAAAAAAAGUAAUAAAUCGCCGAAGAAUUGCACUGUAAA